AUGGGAAUGGAACUUUUUGAAUACGUUUUAGGAAUACCCAACGAAAAUUUCAGAGUGAAAGUGGAAGAAAAAGAUAUUAAAGAAUUUUACAAUGUUACUCUACAAAAAAUAGUUGGUCUUCAUCCAGCACUUGUUUUAAAUGAAGAUGAGAUGGGAACACAACCAUUCGCAGACAGAAAAGCCGUGAAAGUGUACGUCAACAAGGGAGAACAAAGAAUGCACGGAACACUUAAAAUUGGACUAAGCAGAGCAGGGAGAAGAACAACACUGAUAGGAUGCUUAGCGUUGAGUGGUGAUGUGUUGACUCCAGGAACUGUUGUGCCAAACAAAACAGUGAAUGUUGCAUUAUAUUACAACGGAUAUGACGACUCUUCGAUAAAAAUAUACAACACGAAGAAUGGCUUUAUAAGCACUGACAUAUUUUUGGCGUGGUUUCGAGAUGUCGUUCUAACUUAUAUAAUCAAAAAAUGCAAUGAACUUCGGCAAACAAUCGGUGACUUUAAUGGAAAAGCGGCUUUUAUUAUAGAUGGAUGCAGUUGUCACGUCAACAAAAACCUAAGAGUAUAUGCGAGAAAAAUAACAAUGAGUUGA